AUGAGACUCACGGAUAUUCCUGUAUUCUUCAUCGCUGCACCAAAAACCGGUCCUACACUAGCAAUUGCUGUUUCUUCGGUGACACCACCCAAUACUACUACUGCAGAUACAGCGCCAUUGAUUGGUGAUAGGCACAAGAGCUGUAUGGUCUACGAGAUAUUGCAGGGUGGGUGUAUGACCACAGUACCUUAUCGACGGCAAACCUCCUUUUGCAUGGCUACCCUUCGGAGGAUAUCACAUUAUAUGAUAAUGUGGCUUCUGUCCUGCAUAAAAACACUGCUUUUUCUGCUUCAAAAAGCUAUUUGUUAUGAUAAAGUGAGACAUCACGAUGAACACUUGGCGGAUGAAGAGAAGUACAAGACGUAUUGUGAUAUUAGGAUCAUCCUGCUAGAAUGUGAAUUUCGGUCACCUAUUGGAGACUUGGUUCUUAAAAUAGUAGUAAAAAAAAUUUAUACUUUACCGGAGCCAAUUCGUCCAAUCUAUAUAAGUGUGAAAUAUUUCCACAGCGGUAACACUCUUGGUCAAAAUUCUCACCUAUACUCCACUAGGUUCUUUAAAGAAAAGAAAUCAAAGUACAUUGAUAAAUGUGGUAAUAGCCGCGUUUUGUUUGACUUGAAUCACGAAACGACAAUCUCUUGUAUUUCAACGUUUGUGCACUACGCAAGUAAAAAUGAGAAAAAAGUUGUUAGUAACAUUGCAGUCAUUGUCACAAUUGUGAGAUUGCUGAAAAUGGUGAAACAUUCAUCUAAUGUAAAGAAGGUGACAUACCAAGAUUCUACUUCUUGUGUUAUUAUUUCAAUAUGA